AUCUCUGAUGAUCAAUCAAUUGAGGCAAGUGGUAAAUUAUAUCAUUACUACUUGAUUCAUUAUCAUCGGACAACAUAUAUCAUAAUCUCCGCAGCCGAAAUGCUACUUAAGGCCUUGGUACCUGUUGUGCCUGUCGGGGUAUAUCAACUUAUUAUACCCCGAACAAUACAUACAUUGGCGCUCGGUUGAAAGUUCGCCGAGUUAUGUCAAAUGUUAGCAGAAAAAAAGUUUGAAAAAUCUUUUAUUUAAGAUCAUCAUUUGAAGAAUGCAAUUAGCCAAAAAACAAGAACGUUGCACUAUCUCCACUAUGCUUCCGGAUCUCGAGAAAUCCACAAUGAUUGUCUUUCUGAUUGCUGGAAAUCCAAUAUCUUCCGAGCCGUCGGAUUGCGGGGUGCGUCGGCAAGAACAUCACCCCUGGAUCACAAGCACAAGCUUUGUUUGCUAAAUGAUGUUAUCUCCAAAUUGCUAUAUAAGAAAUAAAUUUACUGUGUAAUAAAUGUUUGAUUUUACUAACGAAGUAAAAUCAUGAGGUUACUAAACAUCUUCACGACGUUGUGUCUCCUGUUGUGGGGUGGAGUUGCCACAAAUGAUGGAUUGACCGACGUUGUAGAAUGGGAUCCAUAUAGUUUGACAGUCAAUGGUUCUAGAGUGUUCAUUUUCUCUGCCGAGUUUCAUUAUCAACGGAUGCCCGUUCCCGAACUAUGGCUCGAUAUCUUCCAAAAGUUUCGAGCAAAUGGUUUCAACACAAUUAGUGUAUACUUUUUCUGGUCUUAUCACGAGGCCUCAAAAGGAAAAUUUGACUUUGAAACAUCAGGCAAGAAUGUUCAAAGAGUUCUUGAUUAUGCAAAGGAAGCAGGCAUCUGGGUCAUUGCUCGAGCCGGACCAUAUUGUAACGCUGAGACCAAUGGUGGUGGUUUAGCGUUAUGGGGUUCCGAUGGAAGUCUUGGGACGUUAAGAAGCAACAAUGCUCUAUAUUAUCAAUCCUGGCUUCCAUGGAUCGCGGAGAUUGGAGAAAUUCUCGCAAAGAAUCAAAUCACUAACGGAGGACCUGUUAUCCUCAACCAGGUUGAGAAUGAACUUCAAGAGACAACUCACUCAGCGACUAACUCCUUGGUUCUUUAUAUGGAGCAACUUAAAGCUGCAUUUCGAGAUGCUGGCAUUACUGUCCCUCUUAGUCAUAAUGAGAAGGGUCAAAGAAGCAUAUCAUGGAGUACCGACUAUCAAAAUGUUGGUGGUGCUGUGAAUAUCUAUGGCUUAGAUUCAUACCCCGGUGGGUUAUCAUGUACUAACCCUGCCUCUGGUUUUAAUCUUGUUCGCAACUAUUAUCAAUGGUUCUCAAAUUAUUCUUACACACAACCGAAUUACUUUCCAGAGUUUGAAAGUGGUUACUUUACUCCAUGGGGUGGUAGUUUUUAUGAUGAUUGUCAAUCGGAACUUUCGCCUGCUUUUGCAGACGUCUAUUACAAGAACAACAUUGGGCAAAGAACAACUCUUAUGAGCUUAUACAUGGCUUGGGGCGGUACAAAUUGGGGUCAUUCUGCGGCUCCAGUAGUCUACAGUUCUUAUGACUACGCCGCUCCUCUUCGGGAAACUCGUCAAAUUCGAGACAAACUAUCCCAGACCAAACUUAUUGGGCUUUUCACCAGAGUUUCUACUGAUCUGCUCAAAACAGAUAUGAUCGGUAAUGGUACUGGAUAUAGUGUAUCUUCAACUGGUAUUUGGUCAUGGGUGUUGCGAAACCCUGAUACUCAAGCUGGAUUCACAACAGUCCAACAAGCAAAGUCUAGCUCAACAGCAUCAGUAACAUUUGAUGUAUAUCUAAAUACCUCCUUAGGUGCUGUGACUGCUUCUAAUGUUAAUCUAAAUGGGCGUCAAAGCAAAAUUCUUGUCACAGAUUAUACAUUCGGAAAGCACACACUCCUUUUUGCAUCUGCGGAUAUCCUUACAUAUGGUGUAUUCGAUGUUGACGUUUUAGUUUUAUAUCUCGAAGAAGGACAAGUUGGUCAAUUUGCUUUCAAAACUACCAAAAAGUUGACCUAUCAAGUAUAUGGAAAUUCUGUUUUCGCCGCAAAUUCGACUUCCAACCACACCUCGAGCUCACAAACAUUCACAUAUACUCAAGGAUCUGGUCAAACAGUAGUCAGAUUCUCUGAUGGAGCUUUAGUAUAUUUACUCGAUCAACCUUCAGCAUGGAAAUUUUGGGCUCCGGCAACAACUUCAAAUCCUCAUGUUAAGCCAGAUGAACAAAUAUUUGUUCUAGGACCAUACCUCGUACGAAAUGCAACCACAUCUUUCGGAGUGGUUAAUAUUUCUGGUGAUGUCGACAAAACCACGAAUAUUGAAGUCUUUUCCGGAAAUGAAUUGAUUGAGGUUAUUGUAUGGAAUGGUUUUCCAUUAUUCACAACAAAGACGAAAUAUGGGUCAUACAUCGCAAAACUUCCUGGUACUGAAGGUAGAAUUGUUUCCUUGCCAAAAUUAACCAAUUGGGAAUCUGCAAAUUCUCUUCCAGAAAAAGAAAUCUCCUACGACGAUUCAAAAUGGACUGUUUGUAACAAAUCAACUACCUUGAGUCCAAUUGCUCCAGCGACUCUCCCUGUCUUAUUUUCAAGUGACUAUGGAUAUUACACUGGACCUAAAAUCUAUCGCGGAUAUUUUGAUGGCGUCAAUUACACAUCAAUCAAUAUCACUGCAUCGGGAGGUUUAGCAUUUGGAUGGUCUGCCUGGUUAAAUGGUGUUUUGAUCGGCGGAAACACUGGUAAUGCAACUGCAACAACUACCAACGCCAUUCUCGAUCUCUCAACCCACACUUCUAUUAUCAAACUCACCAAUAAUCUCGUCACAGUUGUAGUAGAUUAUCACGGACACGACGAGACAUCCACAGCGAAAGGAGUCGAAAAUCCCCGCGGUAUCCUCGGCGCAUCUCUCUUGCCCAAACCAAGUAAUUCGACCGGUUUCACACUCUGGAAAAUACAAGGAAAUGCUGGAGGUAGUGCGAAUAUCGAUGCAGUACGUGGCCCUAUGAAUGAAGGCGGUUUCUAUGGCGAGAGACUCGGAUGGCAUUUACCUUCUUCUCCUUCUUUAUCUUCCAAAUCUACUCCUUUCGUUGGUCUGAAUACUUCUGGAAUCUCAUGGUACUCUACAACUUUCAAUUUGGCGCUCGAUGCCGACCUCGAUGUUCCGCUCGGAAUUAAAUUUUCCGCGCCAGCGGGCACAGUUGCGAGAGUUAUGUUUUGGAUUAAUGGAUACCAAUACGGAAAAUACGUACCGCAUAUUGGACCGCAAACCGUCUUUCCUAUUCCACCCGGCAUCAUCAACAAUCGGGGGAAAAAUAAGUUGGCGAUUAGUUUGUGGGCGAUGCAAGAUGAGGGAGCCAAGUUGGAUAGUGUGGAGUUGGUUAGUUAUGGGGUUUAUGAGAGUGGGUUUGGGUUUAGUAGGGAUUGGAGUUAUUUGCAGCCGGCGUAUAGUAGUGAGAGGUUGCAGUAUGCUUAGAGUGGGGAGACUU